AAAAAAAAAAGACUUCCGCACUUCCUCCCGUGAUGCAUUGAGAGAGGGUUUUUGUGCAAACAGCAAAAAACUGUACUAAUACCAAGUUAGUAAUAAGAUAUGUGGUGUUGGAUGGUAUAUUUUAUUCACAGUUUAACCAACACGUGCCCUGAACAACACAACAAAGCGGCUCGCAAAACUAGUCAACACAACUGACCAGCCGUCGUUGUAACUACGGCAACGACGUGUGACGUGACCCGCGGGGAGAACAAAUAACUUGUGCGGCUCCCAAACACACAAGUUGGUGACACUCCCGUUCACUUUUUAAAAGGAUUUUCCAUGACAAUCGCCGAGCAUGGAGAGACUCAACUUGGAGACAGAAAAGCUCAUCGCUCCCACUGAUUUCUCCGCACCGCCUGUGUCAAGGAAUGUCCAGAAGGACCUGAUGCCCCCAUCACAUUUCACAUCAAAUGUUAAGUCUUCUGGAGUACUCAGAGGGACAGCACCCAUCUCCUGGAUCAGCCCAGGACAAACAUCAGCAGCACGAGUGGACCCCAGCCCUGCCAAUCCAUGGCUUGCCAUCACUCAGGCCCAACAGGAGAUCCUGGAGUUGCAAAAGGAAAAUCACAGGCUUAUGAUGCUGCAGGGAGACAGCACAAGAGGAAGGAGCCAUAUAGAUCAUUCUUCAGAAACCAGAGCAAGAUCCUCACAGAGAAGUGAGCAGUGGUCCAGAUGGGAGACCGCGUGGCAACUGGAAGUGGAGAAGCACAAAGCAGAAGCGGAGAGGCUUAGGGGACAGGUGGAGGCUCUGAGGGAGACUGAAGGGAGACACAGGGAGGAGAUACGAGACAAAGUCAGUGCCCUCAACAGACAGAGUCAUGAAGUAGAAGCAAUGCGUGACGAGCUGUGCAAGGCUAAGACUGAACUGGGCCACAUCAGAGAGGAGCUGAAUCAGCGCAGAGAGGAAAAGGAGAAAAUUGGUUCCCAGCUUGAGAGAGAGUCUGGUGAGGAGAUUGCAAGGCUGAGGAGGGAUGUUGAGAGGAGCAGGGAGGAGGCCCGGGAACUUGCUCUGAGGGCUGAGACAUUCAGGCUGCAGCUUGAGGAAGAGGCCAAACAGCAGACUCUCAGACUGUCGGAACAACUGGAGCAAACCCAGAGGAAGCACGAGAUAGAGCUACAGCAGAUGACUGCUACCUAUAGUGCAGAGCUGGCCACUGUGAAGCAAACUAACAGUGACCUGCAGGACAGACUUCAGUCCAUGACCUCAGAGGUGCUGCAGCUGAAGAGCAGGCUGAUGGAAGUGUCUGCUGAACGAGAUGGACUGAAAGAACAUCUAAGCCAAAUGGGACAGGCUUUUGAGACACAGUCUGCAACGCUGCACAGCCUUAGAAAUUACAUCGGACAACUUUCCCCAGAGAGAGGAGAGAAUGAGAGACUAACUGAAACUGUUGAGAGGCUAAACAAGGAGAAAGCGGCUCUUCAGACAACCACGGAGCUUUUGACAGUCCGACUUAACUCUGUCAAUGAGAUAUUGACCCUCCAAGAGGCAAAAAUGGUUAAGAAGACCUUGUCAGAUCCACUACUAAAGAAUGGUUCUAAAGGCCUUGAAGUACUUCAGCUCUGGAGGGAGAAAGUGUUCACAUUGUGCGUCCAGCUUCGCUCAAAGGACAUUGAACUAAGAGAGGAGAAGGAUAUGCUUCUUUCAAAAGUGAGAUGGACAGAGCAGCAGCUCAAACAGGAGCAGCACCAGGCGAGUGUACUCCAGCACAGUCUGGACGACAGGAUAGCUGAGCUGGACCUGGAGAGAGUGACCAGGGAGACACUGAAACAGAACUUGGCCCAGGCUCAAAAGGAAAACUUAGAACUCAAGUCCUCGAGUCAGAAAGCAGAAGCCGAACUCAGGACCUUGACAGAUGCAGUGCAGAGAUUCGGUCUGGCAUUUGAGGCCAAGGUGGGAGAAGUGGAGGCAGCUCAAGCAAGACUCAACAUUUUUACACAGAGGCUGACUUUUGCUAAAAGACGAGUGGAAACAAUCCAAGGGUUGAUCAUGAGGAGGGUGGCUCUACAGAAGGUGCAGCAGGCCAAUAAAUUGACAGACCAGGCUGCUGAGAGUAUCAGAAACCUGCAGGCAGAGCUUAACUUGGUGUGUGAGGACAGAGACAAGCUCACACAAGAGCUCAAAAGAACCCCGGAGCUCAUCGAGAAAGCAAUGACUGAUCUGCGAGAACAGUUUGAGAGCAAACUGAGGCGGCAGCAGCAGGACUUGGAGCAGAGUCGUGCGGAGGUUCGGGAGGCUGUGGUGGGCAGAGAGGAGGCCCAGCAGAGCCUGCAGCAGAGCCAGACCCAGCUGGAGGAGAGCAAGGCCAACCUGGAGCAACUCCGCUCUCAGCUGCUCAACCAGCAGGAGCUGAGGGAGCAGGCUUUGCAUGAAAAAGUGUCUGAGAUCGAGGACCGCUGUGCUGAGAGGCUGAGAGAGAUGGAGGCUCAAGUCAACACAGCCAGGAGAGAACACACCAAAGCAGUGAUGACUUUGCGGCAGUUCGAGAGACAGGCAGCAAGGAAGCGGGAUCAGAUGAGAGAAGCACAGCAUGUGCAGAGUGAACAGACGAAGCAGGAGCUCCAAGACUUACGUAAAAAGCUAAAGGAUGUGGAGAGGGACAGAAACCUGCUACUAGCCACUGUCCAUGAGAGAGGGCUGUUGAAUGAGUACAAGCGAGCUCGCACAGCAAUCCUGAAAACCUCUGUUGCCUUCAGUGAGCAAGGAGAAAGAGCCACAGGGAGGAGCGGUGGAGGGGGAGCAGAAGCCCAGCAGUCUAACAAAGAGACUCUGCUGUCGGUGCUGGAGGAGCUGCAGACGCUCAGCGCUGCAGUGGUCAACAGCUCGGAGGACUCAGCUGAGGAGGAGGGGAAGAGCGACUAAGUGGGACUCUCCACGCACAUGCCACACAGCUGAUUUACAUUAUGCACUAUAGACUUCCCGUGACCAUACUCUUAUUUUGGAAGUUCAUAGAAUAGAGGAAUAACUUCUUCUUGUUUCAUGCCUAAAUUUGACACCAAAGGAAUACUAAGAUUUAGAAGUUGCUUUCACAACAUAUGUUUUACAGUGUUACAUGGAUGACUGUGUUAAACAGUGGCUAGUGGCUCUUUUCCUGUGCCACAAAAUUCAAAACACUCAGCCUCUUGCUUGGACUAAAUCAGCUCCGCCAGCAGAAGUAUGCUGUUAUUCGUGUUUCUUUGGGUUUUAAAUAGAGAUUUUGAACAAUACAUUGUCCUCGACAAAUGCCCCUCACAAUAUCUUGAAUAGUGUCCACCAAGUAAAUGGAAUAUGUGUGACUUAUAUCACGUCACACUUUGACACAUCAUUUUUUACCUGUCAGAAUGAAUCAAAAGGAGCUCUACCAUCUCUUUAGUGCAGAUGAAAUUGUCUUGGAUAAAAAGCAAAAAAAAAAAAAAAAAAAAGACUGGUAAGUCAUUUGUCAUACAGAAAACAU